AUGCGAUCAACAAGAUUACUAGCGUAUACACUCAGUUUAGCAUGUUUUGCCGUGGUGCCCACUCUGCAACAUAGCGGUGCAAAGGGUCCUCAACAUCCAUUGCAAGAACCCGCACCUGUCAGUUUUGUUGAAGAUAUAUUGUCAUCCAGCAAUGCCAAUGAUUAUUGCAAUCCUCAGGGCCAAAUUCGAGAUACGUGUUGUGAUUACCAAAGCAUUGAGACGAUACAAAGUGAUGUAUUUCAAAAGAUUCAAAACCUAGUUCACAGCAAAUUCUUCCGUUAUUACAGGGCUGAUCUUUGGAAAGAAUGCCCAUUCUGGAACGAAGAAGCACUUUGCACUAAUCGUGAUUGCUCUGUUGCCACCAUUGAUGAGAACGUUUUACCUGUUGAUUGGAGAAAAGAUGCAUUAAGUGCGAUCCAAUUGUCGCCCAAGGGAUCUCUAUUCCAACCAUUCAAACAAUGUACAUAUAAAGAUCAAGACUUCUGUCUUGUAGAUGAUCAAAUAGAUUCGGAUAGUGUUGUAUAUAUCGAUUUGACCGAGAAUCCUGAACGAUUUACUGGAUAUGCGGGUCCAUUAUCCGGAAGAGUAUGGAAGGCCAUUUACGAAGAGAAUUGCUUUGAUAUCGUUCACCAAAUGACCGAAGGAUGCGAGACUUGCAACAAUAUCAUGAAUUUGGGAAGCUCCGGUCAAGUAUCCAAUCCACUGAAGACAGCAGCUACAAAGCAAUCGCGAUUGAAGAAGCCCGAUUCACCAUUUGCCCAUGUUCCUCUGGAUAAAGCCGAAUUGCACCAAUUCUUGGAAGAUUUGGCAGAAGAAGCUGAUGGAGGCAACGACAGUAAUGAUGAAGUUUGCUUGGAAAAGAGAGUGUACUAUCGCCUGAUUUCUGGUUUGCACUCAUCCAUCUCAAUUCACAUUUGCCAAGAAUGGUUUGAUAGGGAGUCUGGCAUUUGGGGCCCCAACUUGGAUUGCUUUGUGAAUCGCAUUGGAUCUCAUCCUGAACGCCUUCAAAAUGUCUACUUUACUUAUGCUCUUUUACUGAGAGCUGUCAACAAGAUGGGCCCUUAUCUCGAUAAAUACGAAUACCGUACUGGCAGCAUUCAAGAGGAUGAAAACACAAGAUUGAUGGUCCAGGAUUUCAUCAAGAGCACUGAUUCAUGCCCGUCUACAUUCGAUGAAAACCUGAUGUUCAAGGGUCCUGAAGCUCAAGCACUCAAGACGGAAUUCAAGGAUCAUUUCCGCAAUGUCUCCAAGAUUAUGGACUGCGUUGGUUGUGAAAAGUGCAGACUUUGGGGUAAACUCCAGACUGUUGGCUUGGGAACUGCAUUGAAGGUGUUGUUUUCCUACGAGGACAAAUCACUAGACCCUAUCAAGAACCCUGAUCUCUUUGAAAGAGGUGAGAUUGUAGCUCUCUUCAAUACUUUCAAUAGAUUCUCUGAAAGUGUGGAUGCUAUUAAAACAUUCAGAGCCAUGUAUGUUGACAAAAUGACACCCAAGGAAUUGACCUCCUUGGGAAAGGUCAAGCAACAUGCCCACCACACUCUGGUUAGAUUACUGACACAACUCAGACGUUGGAAUAUACCCAUCCCACAAUUCAUGGAGGCCUUGAUUUUCAGAAAACUUUGA